AUGGGCGCAUACAGAUGCACAAACCAAGGUCUCGAGCACAUCGGGUACUGUGAGAAGCUCGUCGCACGCUGGCCGAAGCACUACCCUUUCAUCGAUGUCAGACAGUCAGAGGCUGGUCUCGAGCGCUACGUCGGUCUCGCACGCGAGUAUGCCUUACCCAUGUAUCCCACGGUUGAGGAGACAUUGAGCAAGACACCCUGGGCUACGACAGAGAUCGUCGAGAUCGGUUUCGCUUACCUCGAUCGCGACAUCCUCGAGUACUCGUCCUUCAGCGCUCUCUACUAUUUGCUCGGCCUCGGCGCAUGGCCAGCUUUGGAUGGCACGGGACCUUCGCCGCAUCACGUUCUUUUGAAUGUCACGAUGUACCUCAAGGAUCAGUACGAUCGCUAUCGAAACUUCGCGACCAGCAAUCCUCGCUAUCGUCCGCCUGCAGGCUGUCGACCUUGGAACAGUCUCACCUUCAACGACCUCUGCCAUGGAUUCGUCCCUUGUCUCGUCAUGCUCGGCCAUCGACUAAACGACUGUGAACUCAAGCUUUUCAGCGUCAUGGCCGAUUCUCAACCCCUCGUCUUCGAGUGGAGCGUUCUCGGCCAGCAUAUGCGCGCUUCCGGUCUCGAGAAAACAAAGCAAGAGGAUCAAGAGCAGCAGAGCGAGAUGGCUCUCGACGUCAGCUAGACUUAGCCUCAGUUGUACAAGCGUGUGCAAUGUUUUCAAGCAGCGGGCGCUGCAUCUUGCGCCAUAGAGACCUGAGAUGACUCGAGAGGCGAGGUCCCCCCUGCAGAUGGCGUCGAGGCCGCAUCGGUCGCUAGCUUGGGCUUUUUCGCUCUUGAGCUGGCUGGUGUUGCGGGCGGAUUGCGGAUAGCCUCGACAAUGUCGACCAGCGUCGCGCCGCUUGCGAUCUUGUCAAAUAAACUGAGAUUGCUGCUCGCCACCAGCCGUAGACCGCGCCAAG